CCGGACAGCCCAGCACUGGGGAGGGAGCGGUGCGGGGAGGUGCAGUCCGUCCCCUAGGAGUAUCUAAGCGCAGUCACCAUCACAACGUUUGUUUUCUGUCAUAUCAGGGUCCCAGUUCCCACAGCCCGUAGAAGAGGGGAGGCCAGAAAAAGAGCGCAAGCUACCGCGUGCACCGAGGGCGCUCGCGGCCACCGAACUUGGCUGCCCCAGCCAAGCGGGCUCGUGGCCGGUGGAGAAGCGCCCGCAGCGCGCGCAGCACCUGCCGUCCUUCCCCGCCGCGGUGGGGCCGGGAGCGGCCAUUUCCUCGGGGCGUUCCAGAGCGCCCCCUUCCCAGCACCCGCUUCGUGGGGACUCGCUAGUGAGCUUCCCCUACACCUCCUCUACCCUCGUCCCCUCUCCCAGGGUCUUAUCCUCGUCCUGGGCUGGAGGGGAUCAGAGAGCUGGGGUGGCCAGAGGAAACCUGGCAGCCCGCCCGGCCCGGGCGCCUGCUCCUCCUCCGGUGGCACCGCCGGCCCCCACCCGCGCCAGACUCCGCCGCGUCUCUUCCGCAGCGUCCCCACCCUGUCGGCACCCUGCUCCAAAGCCUGCACCUGCCUCGGGGCGGGGGCACCGCGGGAGGCCAAGAGGAAGACGGGGAGGGCUUGGGAGCUCGGCGCAGCGGGUGAGCAGCCUAGUCCCGCGCCGCCGGCCCCAGCUGCCCCGGCGCCGCCCGCGCCCCGGCUGCGGCACCCAUGCGCUGUCCGCGGUGCUGACGCGGACGCCCGCCCGCCGGGCCGGGAGGGGGAGCAAACGCCCCAGCUCCCCCAGAGGCACCCUCUGCGUCCUGGCGCUGCGCUGGGAUGCAGGGCAACGGAGUGAGCGGAGGGAACUUCAACUUCGGACUGAAGCCCGAGAAUCCCGUGUCGGGGAUUCGCUAGGUGCGACCCCAGCCCUGAGACCGCAGAACGCCCUCAAGUUACACAAAGUUUCCCGGCGGCUUGAGACAAGGGAGGGAUCCCGGAGCCGAGGGGCAGGGAGGAUGAGAGAGCUCGCUGGCGAGGUGGCAGCCAGCACCGCAGUCGGACACCUUCCCGGGCGGCCCGCAUUCGCGCCUCCCCAGCGGCCCCGAGGCGUCGCCGCAGCCCGACUCUCCACCCUCCCUCCCUCCCCAGCUCACCCCUCCCCGACACCCCGCCCCGGGCGCCAGUGACUCCGCCUCUCUGUGCCGGGCGCCUCUCCGGCUGGAGCUGGGAAGGGAGCGCUUCCCUGGACUCCGCUCCGCUCCGAGGCUCCGAAGCCGACGCCGCCAGCUCAGCCCCGGGGGCGGGAGCAGGACUGCCCGCGCGGCCUGCGCCGGAGAGACGCCGAGCCGGGAACGCCUCAUGGGACGCCCCCGGGGGCCCUCUCCGCGCCCCGCUGCCGCGUCGCGGUCCUAGGCGUCCGGGCUCCACGGCCCGCCCCGCCCGCAGCCCGCGGCCUGUCCGGAGAGGAGUAUGAGGCCCGGGGCCCCGCGGACGCCGGCCACAGGGCGGCAGGGGCCUAGCUGCGGAGCCCCGCGCCCGAGGGCGGCGGGUAAGGAGUCACGGGAGCCGACGAGGCGUCGGGGCGCGGACAGGAGCGCCCCAGCCCGGGCGCCCGCUGGGCCGCGGAACCCGUGUGUGGCCUGAGCGCCGGGGAGGAGGCGGAGGCGCGCCGCCGUCCGGGCUCUGGGGGAGACGGCGAGGGGCUCCUCAGCAGCCCCUGAGCCCUGGCCACCAUCCUCACGCUCCUGCUCCCGCGGGGGGAUGUCGCGGCCCGGGCCCCAAGCGCCACCCCGGCCCCGGGGCUGAGCUCCGGACCAUGUCCUCCCGCAGCCCCCGGCCCCCGCCCCGCCGCUGCCGCCGCCGCCUGCCGCGCCCCUCCUGCUGCUGCUGCUGCUGCCGCCGCUCGCACCUCAACGAGGACACCGGCCGCUUCGUGCUGCUGGCGGCGCUCAUCGGCCUCUACCUGGUGGCGGGCGCCACGGUCUUCUCGGCGCUGGAGAGCCCGGGCGAGGCAGAGGCGCGGGCGCGCUGGGGCGCCACGUUGCGCAACUUCAGCGCGGCGCACGGCGUGGCCGAGCCGGAGCUCCGCGCCUUCCUCCGGCACUACGAGGCCGCGCUGGCCGCCGGCGUCCGCGCCGACGCGCUGCGUCCGCGCUGGGACUUUCCUGGCGCCUUCUACUUCGUGGGCACCGUGGUGUCGACCAUAGGUUUCGGCAUGACCACGCCGGCGACAGUGGGCGGCAAGGCCUUCCUCAUCGCCUACGGGCUGUUCGGCUGCGCAGGCACCAUCCUGUUCUUCAACCUCUUCCUGGAGCGCAUCAUCUCGCUGCUGGCCUUCAUCAUGCGUGCGUGCCGCGAGCGCCAGCUGCGGCGCAGCGGCCUGCUGCCCGCCACCUUCCGCCGCGGCUCGGCGCUGUCCGAGGCCGAGAGCCUGGCGGGCUGGAAGCCCUCGGUGUACCACGUGCUGCUCAUCCUGGGCCUGUUCGCCGUGCUGCUGUCGUGCUGCGCCUCGGCCAUGUACACCAGCGUGGAGGGCUGGGACUACGUGGACUCGCUCUACUUCUGCUUCGUCACCUUCAGCACCAUCGGCUUCGGCGACCUGGUGAGCAGCCAGCGCGCCGCCUACCGGAACCAGGGGCUCUACCGCCUGGGCAACUUCCUCUUCAUCCUGCUCGGCGUGUGCUGCAUCUACUCGCUCUUCAACGUCAUCUCCAUCCUCAUCAAGCAGGUGCUCAACUGGAUGCUGCGCAAGCUGAGCUGCCGCUGCUGCGCGCGCUGCUGCCCGGCGCCCGGCGCGCCCCUGGCCCGGCGCAACGCCAUCACGCCGGGCUCGCGCCUGCGCCGCCGCCUGGCCGCGCUGGGCGCCGACGCCGCGGCCCGCGACAGCGACGCCGACGGCCGCCGCCUGUCGGGCGAGCUCAUCUCCAUGCGCGACCUCACGGCCUCCAACAAGGUGUCGCUGGCGCUGCUGCAGAAGCAGCUGUCGGAGACGGCCAACGGCUACCCGCGCGGCGUGUGCGUGCACACGCGCCAGAACGGCUUCUCGGGCGGCGUGGGCGCGCUGGGCAUCAUGAACAACCGUUUGGCCGAGACCAGCGCCUCGCGGUAGGCGCCCGCGCCCGGGGCCCGCACCAGGCUGCGGCCGCCGCCCCCCGGGCUCGCUGCACUUCUCUCAGACGCUGGCGCUUUCUUAAUCUUGAUCCAAUAAAAAUGAAACCAAAAAAAAAAAAAAGAAAAAAAAGAAAAAUUUUUUUAAAGCAGAGAUACUGUUUGGCCAGGCCCGAUGUUAUCAAGGGCAGGUUAGGGGGAACCUGUUCGCCUUGGGAGCCCCCUCUUGGAGAACUGUGCCCUGCAGCGGGGAGAGAAGUGGCACCCAGCCCCAGGCCCGAUGCACGCUGCAGGAGGCACGCUGCACGCUGCAGUGAGGAGCGAGCCACCCCCGGGGUUUGGCAGCCUGGCGCUAACUCGUCUCCAUGCAUAUCAGCAGCUGGCAAAGCCACAGCCUGGGGUGCAACCUUCACGGCUCAGAAUUACCUCCUCAGCAGUUAGAGUCCUAGCCCAGCCCAGCAGUUUCCUUCUAGAGUCACAGUUUUGACAGGUGGGGGUGGGGCCAGCCAUCUGUUGCCUCCCGGUGUAUGGGUAGGGAACAGCCGCUACACACAGGGGCCGGCGGCGGCAUAGUAUUAUGCAAUGAGAUGAGACAGCACCAGCUCCGGCACUGUGGCAUUUCCCCAGAUUUGGAAAAUUGCGGUGGGGAA